AUACGCCACAACGCCAGUCUCUCGAUCCUAACUAGACUUGAAGUGUUUAAUAAUAACAAACAAUAAUAAAUUAUUUAAUAAUAAAUAAUAAUAGUGGAUAAUAAAAUAAUUUCCAUAAUGAAAGUUGUUUCAGCAAUAAUGAUUCUCGUAGGAACCAUCGCCACCGGAACGAGUGUAAACAGCCAAGCUUCAAAUGAAGCACCCCUUCUUCUAACCACGUACAUAAAUAACGGUCAAGCUGAUAAAGCAAGAAAUCUCUCAUCAGUAAACCCGACGCUAUUCGCAGGCGUCAAAAGUCACUCUGGCUUUAUCACCGUGUCCGAAGGCUGGCACCAGUACAUCUGGUUUUUCCCAGUUGAAGGAAAGCCGUUAGGGUCUACACCCUGGAUUAUAUGGACACAAGGUGGCCCUGGAGUUUCGACACUAUACGGCAUAUUUAAAGAAAUCGGACCAUUAAAACUUGUAAAUGGAAAAGUUAAAAAAAUGCCUGUAAGUUGGGCAAGUGAUUACUCAAUAUUAUUUAUUGACACUCCCAUUGACGCGGGGUUCAGCUAUUCGGAUACGGAAGGGAAAUUCAUGAAGAAUGAUGAGGAAGUGGGCACAUCUCUGUACACUUUGGUACAGCAGUUCAUACAGAUGUUCCCCGAGCUGAGUAGAGCUCCCCUGUUCCUUGCAGGAGAAUCCUACGCCGGAAAAUUUGUGACAGCCCUCGGUCACUACAUCCACAACAGCCCAAAUAGCAAACUUAACCUCAAGGGUCUUGUAAUCGGUAGUGGCUUUGUAGAUCCCCCGACACUACUCCAUUUGUCCCCACUUGGUGAACAACUUGGCCUCCUGGAUUACAAACAAGCAGCAGAGGUCAAUAAACUGGAAGAUGACGCCAGGAGAUACUGGAAAGCGGGUGACAUGACCAACUAUGUGACCAAAGCGAGAGAUUCGGUGCUGUUGACAAUCAACUACACUCAAGGCAUUAGUCUUGAUAACGUUCUACGAGACGACAGCUCGCUUCCCACUGACUUCGGGACGUUCGUCAACAGAACGGAUGUCAGGAAGGCCCUACAUGUUGGUAAUAGACAAUUCAAUGUCUGGAGUGACCAAGCAUAUCAGGCAUUCGAACCAGUUAUAUUCUUGUCUGUCAAACCUUGGUUGGAAGAGUUGUUGGAUCACUAUGCGGUAUUGUGUUACAAUGGUAAUCUGGACAUGGUGGCUGGUUAUCCGUUAGCAGUACACACCUUCCGAAGUUUAAAUUGGAGUGGCAAAGAAGAGUAUAAGAAAGCAGAAAGGACACCAGUCCUUACCAAAUACCCCGGGAAGACGUUGAACAUUAUUGGCUAUAAUCGUCAUGCUGCUAACUUUACGGAGAUGAUGAUCCGUAAUGCAGGACACGCGGUCCCUGCUGACCAGCCGUACGCUGCUAAGCAAAUGAUCAACACUUUCAUUGACAAGUUUAAAAAAUAGGAGAGUUUAGAACUGUUCCACUAGUCAUCGCUCAAAGGACAGCAUUGACGACGCACUGAAGAUAUCUACGACUGCGUUACACGACGCGGAUUUUGUCAUCACGCGGUUUAAAGCAUUAGCGAAUUACUCACAUACCUGCAAGUCCUACAACUUAGGCGGUUAUCAUACGAUGCGGUCGACCGCAUGGUUGUCCGCGAGGGUGCGUGUGUUAAGAAUGGACGGUUUCGAUACAAAUCAUUACUACCUUGCAGAACACAUCACCGCGAACUUCGACCGAGAGCUUUUUUUUGACGUGACUUAUUGUAGAUUUGCCGUAGAUGGCAUUAACUACUUGGCCGGAAGCGACCGAGACCGCGUCGUGUGAUAACCGCCUUAAAGCAACCUUACUGACCGCUUGCACAGUGUCGUGUACGAAUCGUCUAAACUAUAAUUAUAAAAUAGGUACUUACUU